AGAGGAGAGCCCAGAAAGCCACUAACGGCCAUAACCAGGAAGACAGAAGCAGGAAGCAGCCUUUUUGCGUGUCCCGCUGACUGCGAGUGGCACAAAUCAUUACUCUGAAGAACUACAACCAAAAAUCACCGAUUGCAAAAUCUAGAAGAAGACUGGAACCGCAUUGUUCUUUCUUUUCUUCCGAAAUUAGUCUAUAGACUGAGUGAUAGAUUAACCAUAACCUUAAGUUAACCAUGUCCCUCGCUUUCAGACUCAGUUGCUUCACUUCACCUCCAAACUUAACCCACCAAAGAAUCUCUGUUAGACCCAAAACGCCUUCACAUUUUCCACCACCAAAGCUCACAACUUUACCAACAAUCAGAGCUGUUAAAGAAAAUUCUGAACACUUUGCUGUGUCUCCAGCAAAACCCAGAUGGGAAAACAUACUGUCCACUGCAGCAAGCUUGUACCCUUUCUAUGUGACUGCUGGGGGUGUUGUUGCUUGCCUCAAACCCUCUGCUUUUUCAUGGUUUGUUGAAAGAAGCCCAGCUUCAUAUACCUUGACUCUUGGGUUGAUAAUGUUGUCAAUGGGUCUCACUUUGGAGUAUAAGGACUUGCUUGGCUUGUUCCGCCAAAGGCCCCUUUCAAUAUUGUUUGGAUGUGUUGCUCAGUACACUAUUAUGCCCGUGUUUGCAACACUUGUUGCUAAAAUAUUUGGGCUUCCACCGUCUCUUUCAGUGGGUUUAAUAUUGCUUGGCUGCUGCCCUGGAGGUACUGCCUCCAAUGUGGUGACCUUAAUUGCUCAAGGGGAUGUUCCUCUCUCUAUUGUAAUGACGGUAUGCACAACUCUUGGGGCAGUAGCCCUGACUCCUCUGCUAACAAAGAUAUUGGCAGGGACUUACGUCCCUGUGGAUGCUGCCAAACUGUCAAUCAGCACCAUGCAGGUUGUUGUUGCUCCAAUUUUGUUAGGUUCUUAUAUGCAGAGUGCAUUUCCUGCAUUGGUUAAAAUUGUGAUACCUUUUGCACCACUUUUUGCUGUUCUAGCUGCAUCACUGCUUGCAUGCAGUGUAUUCUCUGAGAAUGUUGUCCGUCUCAAAGCUUCAAUGGUUGCUGUAACAUUGCCGGCUGAUCUGUCUCUAAUGGCUCGUGCUCAGACAAUGUUAUCUGGAGAAGUUGGGGUGGUUAUUCUUUCUGUGCUGUUAGUACAUAUUGCUGGUUUCUUUGUGGGGUAUAUAUCAGCAGCUGUUUGCGGGUUUAGAGAAGCACAAAGACGAGCAAUAUCAAUUGAGGUUGGUAUGCAAAAUUCUUCUUUGGGUGUGGUUUUGGCCACUUCUCAUUUCACCUCGCCAAUGGUUGCAUUACCCGCCGCAUUGUCUGCUGUGAUAAUGAAUAUAAUGGGAAGCAGUCUGGCAUUCUUUUGGAGAUAUGUAGAUCCUUCUGACUCCAAGGAGACUCCUACAGUUGAGGUUAAGUGACAACUAUAGCACCCUUUCAAAGUUUUCCUUAACCCGGCAAUAUCUGCUGUAAGUAUGAAUACAAUGGGCAGCAGCAGUUUGGGUGUCCUUGGAGAAAUGUAUCCUUUUGGCUCCAUUAAGUCUCCAGCAGUUGAUGUUAAGUGACAGUAAAAGCCUUUUCUAAGUUUCCUGGCAUACUUAUGGAGUUCAGAUUCUUUGUUUUAUUUUUUAUGUGAAGAUAUUGUUAACUAAUAGUCUAAAACAAUGUCGUUUUAUGUCACACUGAUACUUCAAAUAUAAAUAAGCAUCCUAUUUUAUCAUUAA